CUGUUGCGGCAGCAGCGGCGGUGGCAGCAGUGGUGCUGACAUUGGGACAGCGGUGUCAGGACACCGGUGGCAGCAAGAGCUGGGGACUGGCAGAGGGCAAGGCACCAUGGCCCUUGCUCUGCGCCUCUUCCUCCCGCUCCUCCUGGCCGUGGCCCUGCCUGCCAGGGCUGCCCAGGCUGCUCCGCUGCAAGCGCGGGGAGCAGGUUGGGAUGGCGACAUGGCUUAUCUGGAUGCCCCACUGGAUGACAGCUUGAAUCUCUUGGAGAAUGCUGGAGGUCCUCCUCCAUGGAAGAAUGGAGACACAGGAGACAAGAAAUCCCUGGAGGCAGCCAGGCAUCUGGACCAGAUGCUGAGUGAUGUGGAGAGACGCCGUGAUGCAGCCAGCACCUCAACACGUGCUGACAAAAUUUGGAAAAGCAUGAGAAGAGUUUUCUGCUGGGGAACACCUUGUUUGAUUAAGUUGAUGGCCAUUGUGGGUGGUGCAGCACCUUGCCUGAUGAUGUGCUCUGCUGGAAUCUGGUAUUGCUGGAAGAGAAAAUGGUGCUCCUGCCCAUCUUCAGAAGUCGAGCCUAACAACACAGGCAGAGAGAACUUGACCCAUGUUCCCAGCUCUUCACUUCUGUCCCCAUCUGCCCUGCCGCAGCUGCAGCACCCUCUUGAGCCCUUCCCUAAACUCACCCCUCCACAACGAGAUCCUCCACCCCUGAGCCCCCUGGUCCUGUUCCCCAACCAUGACUGAAGGUGGGCAGGCCCUGUCUGCCAGGGCAGGGCUUGGCCCACAUUUUCUGUUCAAAUAAAGAAAUAGAGUUGUCAGAGAUAUGUCU